AUGGCAGACCAGAAAAUUGUCCCUGAGGGAAGGACUGAACAUUUCGACAAGUCGGACAUUGAACAUGUCCAUGUUGAAUUAGGUGAUGAUCAGAAGAGAGAUCACAUUGAUUACAAUCGUAUCGAUAAAGAAGUCGCAAAGGUUGGAAACUUCCUGAAGCUUUAAUCAUAUCUUUCAUGUUACAUCUGAUCAGUCAGUAUCCUUCUGAAGUAUGACUGCUAACUGGUAAUAAACAGUAUGCUAGCGAUGUAGCGAUUGAAAUAUCUCCUUCUGAGAAUGCGCGACUGAAAAAGCUCAUCGACAAACGGGUAUUGACUAUAAUGGUCUUCACGUAUGACACCGUCACUUUUCCAGUCGAAUAGAUACUAAUACGAGUAGAUACUUUUUACAGGCAUUGGAUAAAGGAACACUGAGUUUCGCGAGUAUCAUGGAAUUACCAAAAGACCUCGAUCUAGUGGCGCCAAAUAAAGCCGUGAAGCAAGAGUUCUCUUGGUUGACUACCUGUAUUUACAUCGCUGUCCUGACUGUCGAAUACCCAACCAAUCGGCUUAUCCAACGUCUUCCGAUUGCCAAGUAUCUUGGUAUUUCCAUCAUAUUAUGGGGUACAACUCUCGCUCUCCAUGCUGUGUCGAAGAAUUUCGUUACGAUUCUGGUUCUUCGAACUCUUCUGGGGAUUUUUGAGGCUGUUUGCCAGCCUGCUUUCGUCGUCUUGAGUAGCAUGUGGUAUAAACGGGAAGAACAAGCUGCUACAGUUACCUAUUGGUAUAUGUGAGUAAUCCUUUUUUGAAAAGUGCCCCUAAACACUUCACUGCGUCCCAAUUAGAGCUGAUUGUUAUAAGGAUGAACGGCAUGCAACAGAUUGUCGGAGGACUUCUAGCCUACUGUUUUACCUUCAUCAGGACGCCCACUUCAGAAAAACCCGGUAACGCAACAAUCAAACCGUGGCAGGCACUUUUCAUCACAUAUGGUGGCUUUUCCGUACUUUGGGGCUGUGUAGUGCUUUACUGGAUGCCUGAUAGCCCAAUGAGAGCAAAGUGCUUUAGCGAAGAAGACAAGAAACUUAUGGUCGAGAGAGUGCGUAGCAACCAGACUGGCGUUCAGAAUCGAAAGUUCAGAAAAGAGCAGUUUUGGGAAGCCCUUGGCGAUCCCCAGAUGUGGUGCUAUUGUGCCGUGGCUAUCUGCACGACCUUACCAACCUCUGGACUUGGAGCAUUUGCGAAUAUCAUCAUCAAAGGAUUCCAUUUCAGUACCUUGGAAACGCAAUUGCUGGCUAUGGUUCUGGGAGCUUAUAUCAUCCUUGUGCUCCUGAGUAGUAAUUGGCUUAUCAAGAAAACCGGACAGAAUAUCUUGGUUAUGGGAUGUUACGUUAUCCCGUAAGUCCUCUCUUUCUCCUAAUCUCCUGUAGCCAGGAAGCUAACUCGGCAAAGUUCCUUCGUCGGUACAAUCGUAUUGCUGACCGUCAAGAAUACAAAUAAAGCCAGUCAAGCAGGCCUCCUCUUCUCCUACUACCUCGUCCUCAGUUUCUGGGCCGCCCAAACCGUAGCAAUGAGUCUGCUAAGCCGUAACGUCGCGGGCCAAACCAAAAAGAGUGUCGUGAUCGCUGCAAACUUCAUUUCCUGGGCCACAGGAAACGCUAUUGGUACCCCUUCCCCCUCCCCUCUCUUGUCAUUACUAACUAACUCUUGCUACCCAGGCCCCCAAGUCUUCCUCACCUGGAACGCACCACGCUACUUCAUCGCCUUCGCGGUCCACAUGGGCUGUUACAUCGUCCUCGUCUUCGUCCUGAUCUUUCUGCGUUUCUGGCUCAAGGCCCAGAAUGCGAAGAAGGAUCGGAUUCAGGCGGAGUUGGCGAGCCAGCCUGGUGUGGUGGAUUCGGGUCUCGUGCAUGCUUUUGAUGACUUGACGGAUCGGGAGAAUUUGAAUUUUAGAUAUGUGUAUUGA